GGCCAAUGGAGAAUUGGAUCAAUUGUUGCAAGAAAAUUCUUGUCAAACACAAAAGAAGCUCGCUAAAUAAUUGAAUGUUACUCAUCAAGCAAUUUCCCAUCGGUUGUAAACGCGGGAAGAAUUCAGAAGGCUGGUCGUUGGCACAAGAGAACAAAGCGAGUUGCUAUGACAUAGGAAUUUGCCUACUCUCAAGAUUUAAACGAAAAGAUUUGUUGUUUAAAAAUCGUGACAAGUGAUGAGAAGUGGAUCCUAUACAAUAAUCUUAAAAAGAGAAAAUCAUGGGUUUAUCCAGGAGAACCCUCAACAUCAACUUUAAAAUCAAAUAUUUAAAAAAAGCAUUGUGCAUUUGGUGGGAUAUGAAAAAUGGGCUACACUUUGAGCUGCUAAAACCCGGGAAAACUGUAACUUCUGACCGUUAUCAAGAACAAUUGAUGCGUUUAAGUCGAACAAAAUCAAAUGGAAACGACCACAUACUGGCAAGGGAACUCAGCAGGUAAUUCUGUUACACGAUAACGCACGGCCUAUGCAGCAGUAGCAACCAAACAAGUUAUCAAUACUUUGGAUUGGGAAGUUCUUCUUCAUGCGGCCUAUUUUCCAAAUAUGGUGUAACCGUGAAUUUUCGAAUAUUAUUGGCUACGGAUAGCUGCGGGCAAUUCAGGGUUCGGACGGCGGGCUGGUUAAAUGAAUGACGGAGGCAAGCGGUAUAUAUUUAACAAUUAGGAUUUAUUAUAUUCUAAGCCUAACUAAUAUUUACAGUGUCCCUACUCUAAUAUGUACAACUUAUAUCUAAUAUCUCGCUAUGCGAGGCGCGGGCGAUGUGUUGUGGCGACGUGUGUCGCGGCGCGCAUGUGCGCGUAGAGUUUCGGUGCCGGAUUGGCUGCGGCGGGCGUACGGCCGAGUAUCGGUCGGUCGGUGCGUCGAUCGGCGGUAGCGGCCGGUCUCAAUGAUUACGGCGCUCGUGGCGGUGUAAUUUCGGCGGUGCGGUGCGAGGCGGCGCUCGUAUCGGUCGCGGCGGUAGCCGGAUUGGCUGCGAUGUUACGGUCGCGGCUGCGCAGUACGGUGCGGCGUUCUCAUUCGCCGAGUCGGUCGAUGCGGCGCUAUGAUUGGUCGCGGCGGUGCGCGACUGCGCGGUGCGGCACGGAGCUCGGCUCGACAGCCAAGGCGAUCAGCUGUUCGGCGAUCAGCUGUUGUCAGGGUUGCCAGAUUGGGCGAUUAAUCGCAAAUUGGGCGAUUUGAAAAAGUGUUUUGCGACUAAAAUUUUGAAAUCUGCGAUUAUCGCAAAUUGGGCGAUUUUAAACAAUAAAGAAGUCGCUUUUGGGCGUUUUUUGCUAAUCUCUCUUAUAGGGUAAUAUUUGACUAGUAAAUGCAACGGCAGUUUACCAAAAUACGUCUAAAACUCAAUAAACAACUGCUCGCUAUUGGUGCAUUUCAGUGCCCAUGAAAAGUCAGUUUUAUAUAUUGUACUUUUUAGAGGCAUUGCUGAACUGGUGCAGAUAAAAAGAACAGACCCUAUGUAACGUUAAUUUUAUCAAGUUGUACAUACUGCCAAUAAGAAACAAACUGAAACGAACACACCCAUGCAGGUUAGAGGUUAAGCAGAUUUGCUAUUGCUAGACUCGCCACUUAUUUCAAAUCAGUGUAAUCAGACUAUGUUAGUAAAGUCACAUAGCAUUGUAUGUAUCUUUUAAUUAAAAAAGAUUGAAAUUAUAAUAUUUUGGUGAACAAUUCUUUUAAAAGUAUAAUUUGCGCCUUAACCUAUUAAACAUGGGAAAAUAUGCGAAAUAUGAAAAAAAAUAUAAACAAAUAUGGGAAACUUACCCUCAAUUUAAAAAAUGGUUAACAUACGACAAAGAGAAUGAUACUGCAUUCUGCAAAGUAUGUCAAACUAAACUUCGACCUCAUAAAACAGAUUUAGAAAGACAUUCUAAAAGAGCAGUACAUAUCAACAAUAUCGAGAAACGAAAUCCUAAGAAACAACCAAAGAUUACUACUACAGCUGGUACUUCAUUAGAAACUAAUGAACAUAAAAUUGCUGACAUUAAAUUAGCAUUACAUAUAGCGGUGCUUCAAACAGCUAAUCAUUUGAGCGAGCUACUGAUAGAAUUAAGUAAACAUUUAUCAGCGUAUUCAGGCUUUCAAAACCUAAAAUUACAUCGUACAAAAUGUUCAUCAAUUAUUAAAUAUGUAAUUGGCCCAGCUUUGGAAGAGGAACUUAUUAAAGAUAUAGGUAAUUCCUAUUAUUCUUUAAUAAUUGAUGAAUCAACCGAUAUUUCGGUAUUCAAAUAUAUGGCUGUUUGUAUUCGUUAUUUUAGCAAUGCUAAAAGUCAGAUCGUAACAAAAUAUUUAGGUAUUUUUGAAGUAAUUUCAGCUACAGCUGAAGUGUUAACUGAUUCAUUGUUACAAUUUUUAAGUGCUAAAAAGUUAUCCUUAAGUAAAUUAUUAGGCUUAGCAACGGAUGGUGCAAACAAUCUAUGUGGACAGCAUCACUCAGUAUACACAUUAUUAAAAAAUAAAGUUCCUAGACUCAUACUCAUUAAAUGUGUCGCACAUUCGCUUCAUUUAGCAACAAGUCGAGCAUCAGAAAGUUUGAGAGAAUUCUUCUUACAAAGAAUUAUUUGAUACUUUUAAUACCGGUACAAAAAAUAAAUUUACAAGAAUAAUACAAUUAUCAGGAACGAGGUGGCUUUCCAGGGCAAAUGCCGUAGAAGUUAUUAUUAAACAAUGGUUAGAAUUAAAAACACAUUUUUCCUUGAUAUUAGAUAAAGAAAAAUGUUACAUGGCACGUACAUUAAAUGAAAUGUAUUCAGACGAUAAACUAUAUUUAUAUCUAUGUGCAAUCAGUCCUAUUCUAAAUAAUAUAAACAGAGUAAAUUUAUUAUUCCAAUCUGAUAAAACUGAUAUUUGCAAAGUCUAUUCAGAACUUUAUAGUCUAUUAUUUGGAUAUCUUAGGAUGAACCUGAAGCUGACGGCCGCGGCGUAGCAGCCGACCAGGGACGAAUACGGGCCCCCCUCCUUAAAAUAAUAACAACUAUCUCAAAUCAGAACCUUUUUUUUUUAAAUUUCGUAUACAAGCUUUCUAAUCACGUAGAAGAAGAAUCCAAUACGAGCAGCCGCGACACAAUUACAAAUAAUGAGUUAAAUAAACAAUUAAAGUUGAAAAAUUAUGGAUAUUUUGGCAAAAAUCGCUGUAGCAUCUGACAGCAAGUUGCAAUCGACUUAAAAUUUUAUAUACAAGCUUUGUAAUCAUGUAGAAUAAGAAUCCAAUACGAGCAGCCGCGACACAAUUACAAAUAAUGAGUUAAAUAAACAAUUAAAGUUGAAAAAUUAUGGAUAUUUUGGCAAAAUUCGCUGUAGCAUCUGACAGCAAAUUGCAAUCGACUUAAAAUUUCAUAUACAAGCUUUCUAAUCAUGUAGAAGAAGAAUCCAAUACGAGCAGCCGCGACACAAUUACAAAUAAUGAGUUAAAUAAACAAUUAAAGUUGAAAAAUUAGGGAUAUUUUGGCAAAAUUCGCUGUAGCAUCUGACAGCAAGUUGCGAUCUAUUUAAAAUUUUAUAUACAAGCUUUGUAAUCAUGUAGAAGAAGAAUCCAAUACGAGCAGCCGCGACACAAUUGCAAAUAAUGAGUUAAAUAAACAAUUAAAGUUGAAAAAUUAGGGGUACUUCGGCAAAAUUUGCUGUAGCAUCUGACAGCAAGUUGCGAUCGACUUAAAAUUUUAUAUACAAGCUUUCUAAUCAUGUAGAAGAAGAAUCCAAUACGAUCAGCCGCGACACAAUUACAAAUAAUGAGUUAAAUAAACAAUUAAAGUUGAAAAAUUAUGGAUAUUUUGGCAAAAUUCGCUGUAGCAUCUGACAGCAAAUUGCAAUCGACUUAAAAUUUCAUAUACAAGCUUUCUAAUCAUGUAGAAGAAGAAUCCAAUACGAGCAGCCGCGACACAAUUACAAAUAAUGAGUUAAAUAAACAAUUAAAGUUGAAAAAUUAUGGAUAUUUUGGCAAAAUUCGCUGUAGCAUCUGACAGCAAGUUGCGAUCUAUUUAAAAUUUUAUAUACAAGCUUUCUAAUUGUGUAGAAGAAGAAUCCAAUACGAGCAGCCGCGACACAAUUACAAAUAAUGAGUUAAAUAAACAAUUAAAGUUGAAAAAUUAUGGAUAUUUUGGCAAAAUUCGCUGUAGCAUCUGACAGCAAAUUGCAAUCGACUUAAAAUUUCAUAUACAAGCUUUCUAAUCAUGUAGAAGAAGAAUCCAAUACGAGCAGCCGCGACACAAUUACAAAUAAUGAGUUAAAUAAACAAUUAAAGUUGAAAAAUUAUGGAUAUUUUGGCAAAAUUCGCUGUAGCAUCUGACAGCAAGUUGCGAUCUAUUUAAAAUUUUAUAUACAAGCUUUCUAAUCGUGUAGAAGAAGAAUCCAAUACGAGCAGCCGCGACACAAUUACAAAUAAUGAGUUAAAUAAACAAUUAAAGUUGAAAAAUUAGGGGUACUUCGGCAAAAUUCGCUGUAGCAUCUGACAGCAAGUUGCGAUCUAUUUAAAAUUUUAUAUACAAGCUUUGUAAUCAUGUAGAAGAAGAAUCCAAUACGAGCAGCCGCGACACAAUUGCAAAUAAUGAGUUAAAUAAACAAUUAAAGUUGAAAAAUUAAGGGUACUUCGGCAAAAUUUGCUGUAGCAUCUGACAGCAAGUUGCGAUCGACUUAAAAUUUUAUAUACAAGCUUUCUAAUCAUGUAGAAGAAGAAUCCAAUACGAGCAGCCGCGACACAAUUACAAAUAAUGAGUUAAAUAAACAAUUAAAGUUGAAAAAUUAUGGAUAUUUUGGCAAAAUUCGCUGUAGCAUCUGACAGCAAAUUGCAAUCGACUUAAAAUUUCAUAUACAAGCUUUCUAAUUAUGUAGAAGAAGAAUCCAAUACGAGCAGCCGCGACACAAUUACAAAUAAUGAGUUAAAUAAACAAUUAAAGUUGAAAAAUUAGGGGUACUUCGGCAAAAUUCGCUGUAGCAUCUGACAGCAAGUUGCGAUCUAUUUAAAAUUUUAUAUACAAGCUUUAUAAUCAUGUAGAAGAAGAAUCCAAUACGAGCAGCCGCGACACAAUUGCAAAUAAUGAGUUAAAUAAACAAUUAAAGUUGAAAAAUUAGGGGUACUUCGGAAAAAUUUGCUGUAGCAUCUGACAGCAAGUUGCGAUCAACUUAAAAUUUCAUAUACAAGCUUUCUAAUCAUGUAGAAAAAGAAUCCAAUGCGAGCAGCCGCGACACAAUUGCAAAUAUUGAAUUAAGUAAACAAUUAAAGUUGUAAAAUUAUGGGUAUUUCAGCAAAAUUCUGCAAUAUAUCGAUGAACUGCUUAUUUCUGUUUAUCUAAAAAGACAUAUAUAACUUUUUUCGCACUGUAUUUAUUAAAUGUGAAGAGCAUAUGUGAAUUACUGUUAAAUUUUUAUAAAUUUUUUUUAUUUUCUGUCUCAUGAAAAAUAAUAUUUAUGUAAUCAUAAAUAUUUAUUUCAUUAAAUGCCUAACAGUGAGAGGAGAUUUCUUUUAAUCAAGCACCCAGAACUUUCAAAGCAUUUUUUAAAUUAAUAUGAUUGUUUCUAACUUGUAUUUCGAAAAUCACUUUUUUGUCACGAUACGUAGACACCAUAUAUAAUUCGCUCUUUUGAAUUUUGUAAUUUUUAUUUCAUAUUAAAGAAAUCAGUUGCAUUAAAAAUCCUUGUGAAUUUCGGACCUUUUAGACUUGAUGAUGCAAAUUGCACCGUUUACGAAACGUCGGCGCAACGCUGCAACAGGCAACAGGUCACGACAUAUACAUGGAAGCCCUUUCUAUAUUUAACUAAUUAUUUAUAAUUAUGUCACGGCUGCUCAUAAUGGAUUAUUCUUAAAUAUUAUUGUAAAGCUUGUAUACGAAAUUUUAAGUCGAUCGCAACUAGCUGUCAGAUGCUACAGCAAAUUUUGCCAAAAUAUCCCUAAUUUUUCAACUUUAAUUGUUUAUUUAACUCAUUAUUUGUAAUUGUGUCGCGGCUGCUCGUAUUGGAUUCUUCUUCUACAUGAUUAGAAAGCUUGUAUAUGAAAUUUUAAGUCGAUCGCAACUUGCUGUCAGAUGCUACAGCGAAUUUUGCCGAAGUACCCCUAAUUUUUCAACUUUAAUUGUUUAUUUAACUCAUUAUUUGCAAUUGUGUCGCGGCUGCUCGUAUUGGAUUCUUCUUCUACAUGAUUAGAAAGCUUGUAUAUAAAAUUUUAAAUAGAUCGCAACUUGCUGUCAAAUGCUACAGCGAAUUUUGCCAAAGUACCUCUAAUUUUUCAACUUUAAUUGUUUAUUUAACUCAUUAUUUGAAAUUGUGUCGCAACUGCUCGUAUUGGAUUCUUCUUCUACAUGAUUAGAAAGCUUGUAUAUGAAAUUUUAAGUCGAUCGCAACUUGCUGUCAGAUGCUACAGCGAAUUUUGCCGAAGUACCCCUAAUUUUUCAACUUUAAUUGUUUAUUUAACUCAUUAUUUGCAAUUGUGUCGCGGCUGCUCGUAUUGGAUUCUUCUUCUACAUAAUUAGAAAGCUUGUAUAUAAAAUUUUAAAUAAAUCGCAACUUGCUGUCAGAUGCUACAGCGAAUUUUGCCGAAGUACCCCUAAUUUUUCAACUUUAAUUGUUUAUUUAACUCAUUAUUUGCAAUUGUGUCGCGGCUGCUCGUAUUGGAUUCUUCUUCUACAUGAUUAGAAAGCUUGUAUAUAA